UGAUUUUUGGGCCCUAAAACAGCUCGAUCCCAUUAAGAGGUUUCGGAACCUGAUUCGUUACUUUUUCUGGUUAUGCUUCAUUUCGUCAUUUUGAUUUUCUAAUUUCCUUCCUCUUCUUGAAAGGACAUAGUCUUUUCAUACUGUAAAUCGUUUGUCGGGAAUUCAAUAUCAAUGGCAGAAGUAGCGAAAUUGUUGUACAUAGUGGUUGUGGACGACGCAGAAAAGAGAGCUGGUAAAGAGAAGAAGAAGUCCUUUCGAUACACGCGUCCAGUACUACAGACCACUCUGCAGCUCAUGGGAUGCAAACCGCGACACGCAUUCAAGAUUAGCCGGAGGGUUUUUGAAGUGUUGAGAAGUGAAAGCUUUGUUGAUGCUUGGCGUCCCACUGGAAUGGAAGCUUCUGGAGUGGGUGAUGCUGAAGGAUGCUGUGAGGAAGAAAAUAAUUGCUGUACUGGUGUUAGCGUUUCUGAAGGAGAGGUCGGCGACCUUUCUGCUUCGCAGAAAGAUGAUGAAUGUUAUGCUAAACCAUUUGAGUUGUACAAAAGACUUACCACUGUUGUUGUUGGGAGGGAAACCUUUUUUGAUUUUGUUUGUUGUGUGCUCACUGAAUAUAAGUACAUUGGCCCUAAUCAGAGGGCUGACUUAGCUUUGGCAUGCAGGAUCCGAGAAAGGGAGGAGUCUGUCACUGUUUUAUUAUGCGGCACAAGUGGGUGUGGCAAAUCUACUUUGUCCACAUUGCUGGCUGGCAGGUUGGGCAUCACAACUGUGAUUUCUACUGACUCUAUUCGACAUAUGAUGCGAAGCUUUGUGGAUGAAAAGCAAAACCCUCUACUUUGGGCCUCUACCUAUCAUGCAGGGGAGUGUUUAGAUCCCAUGGCAGUGGCAGAAGCAAAGGCCAAAAGAAAAGAAAAGAAGCUUGCACAUAUUUGCCAUUCAGUUACCAAGCAUGAAGUGCAUGAUGAAAUUGCUGGUGGGAAGCUGUGUACCCAUCUUCCUUUGAACACUACUGAAUUGAUCAAUGUGAGAGAGAUGGCCAUUGAAGGGUUUAAGGCACAGAGUGAGAUGGUCAUUGACAGUCUCGAUCAACUGAUCACUGCAUGGGAAGAGUGGAAAGAAUCAGUAAUUGUUGAGGGUGUGCACUUAAGCCUCAAUUUUGUUAUGGGCCUAAUGAGAAAACAUCCUUCAAUCAUACCAUUCAUGAUUUACAUCUCAAAUGAAGACAAACAUUUGGAACGAUUUGCAGUUCGUGCAAAAUACAUGGCACUGGACCCAGGAAAAAACAAAUAUGUCAAAUACAUCCGGAACAUCAGAACAAUCCAAGCAUAUCUUUGCAACCGAGCUGACAAGUAUUUGGUUCCCAAGAUUAACAACACCAAUGUUGACAGGAGUGUGGCAGCAAUCCACGCUACAGUCUUCAGCUGCCUAAGGAGGCGUGAGGCAGGGGAGAACUUUUAUGAUUCUACCACAAACACUGUCACGUUGAUAGAUGAAGAAUAUAGGAAUCAAUGUGCUGCUAACUCCCUGAGCUCAAAGGGGAUGUUCCAACUAAUCCAGAGGAAAGGUUCUUCUAGACAUAUGAUGGCUCUUAUCAACACUGAUGGGUCUGUAUCAAAGGCUUGGUCUGUAAAUAUGGCUUGGGGUGAUAGAAGUCCCACCUUGUGCCAAGGGAGUAAGGAGGGUGUUGAGAAUCUGAUGUAUGGUCCUUUGCAGAUUACUAAGGCAGAGCCGGUUAACCUUCCUUUUGGUCACUUUGGGAUCAGUGCUUGGCCCAGUGAUGUUGGUGGUUCAAGUCACACUUUAAGUGUCAAUGAGUCAAGGACUGAUGAGACAGAGAGCAGGAGUGGACAUUGUUCAUCUACUUGCAGAUCACCAAGAAUGUCUGAUGGGCCUGCCAAACAGCUCAAAGAGGAAGCAUGGGUAUCAGGAAGUGAUGAAGAGGUGAACAAUUCACCCUACAUGAAUAGCGAUGGAGAUCUCAGUGAUGUAGGUGACAGACAAAUCCAUGAAGAGAUUGAGGGAUCUGUCAAUGAGGAGUCAACAAAGUCCGAUGAGGAGUAUGAUGAUCUGGCAGUGCAACAUGUACAAGAAAAUGGCUACUUGUCAGGUGACGAUGAAUCAAGCGACGAACUCAUGUCUGCUUGUGAAAGAUGGCAACAACCAACAGGGGGAAUGCUAUCCAGGAAAAAGGUUUGUGAAUGAAUCCGUGGCCGAGCUGCCUUCCCUUACUCUACCUCGCCAUGGAGAAGAACCAGUCUAUCCCGAUAAGAAAACCAUCUCUUAGAGCUCCUACCUUAGGAAACACCGAAACACACAUCAUACUGUUUGAUAGAUGAUUCCUUCAGUAGAACUAAUGACAUUAAGAAACAAGAAUUCAUUCGUCUGCCUCAAGCCAAUGAAAAUGACAAUAGGAAUGGAAUCAAAAGUGAUUCCUGAAAAUGAAAUCCUACUUCCCAAUUAGGAGGUAUUUUCAAUCA